AUGGCCGACGGGGCCACAAUAGCCACUUAUGCCUCGAUAACCAUCUCCACGCUGGCCAUAUGUUUCUGCUUGGGCUUUGCCAACAGCAUUAUGAGCGACAUCAAAGAGUUCCACGAGGACAGCAUGUUUGAAAUGGGCACGUUAAAGACUUCCUCGGAUGAUGCCUGGACCGUGCUCGUACAGCUCGAGAACGCGGCGCCCUACAAGCGCGAUGGGCGCAGCGCGGCCAAGGAUGGCCCGAUGCGGUCCGUGCUGCAGCGCUUCCGGAAGGACGUGCCCAGCCAGUGUCAAUGCAUCCUGCCAUCGCAAUGCCCGCCCGGCCCUCCGGGUCCUCCCGGCCAGGACGGACACCCUGGAGCCCACGGAGAGCCCGGAAUCCGGGGUCCCGCAGGCCGGCCCGGCAUGUCGCUUGAGUACAACGCUCCGGGUGGAUGUAUCGAUUGUCCGGCCGGCCCGCCCGGACCCCCCCGGACCGUCUGGACUACCCGGAAUGCCCGGUCCAAAAGGUAUGAAUGCCUGGAUUCGCCGGGAACCCCGGAAAAUCCGGCCGCCCAGGACAGCCUGGACCCGGUGGUGAUCGAGGUGAUACGGGCCCUGAGGGCCACCCAGGAUUGCCGGGAGCCUACGGACAGCAAGGAGUGCGAUAUCGCAAGGGCCCCCGCGGAGUCCCAGGUCGAUGCGGGGAGCAAGGGCCUCCCGGCCCGCCUGGACCGCUUGGAAAGGCUGAAGAAGGUGGGUGCGGACGGAAUGCCGGGACCUGCCGGAUUCCCCGGGAAGCCUGGACUGCGUGGGGUUGACGGUGAGGAUGGAGAAGACGGAAGCCCUGGAAUGCCUGGCGUCGAUGCGGCAUAUUGUCCAUGUCCUCAGCGGGAUACGUUCAUCCGUCGCCCAGAGUAUCGCAUCGUCGAUUACACGCCGACAAAGGAGGAGGAUAAGCCGGAUGAGGAGCGCACCUACGCCCAUCCCUCAAAGCAC